AUGUCCACGGAUCCCAAUACUCCUAAUUGUGAUCCGAAAACAAGAAUACAUCUAUCCAAAAGUAGAUCAUUUCCCGCGGUGGACAUCCCCGGCGUCAAAUCCAUUCAGCCGAAGGACAUGAUGUCGUACCUCCAGGAAACCGACACAUCCUCCGUCUACCACUAGAUAAUCUUCAAUUGCUUCCGAGACGUGAAAUCGACCGAUUUCAUCAUAUGCAACACCAUGGACGAACUCGAGCUCAUUACUGUAUCAGCCUUGAAUGCCAAGCAACCAUUCUAUGCCAUUGGGCCCAUUGUCCCAGAUGGGCCUCGUAGGGGCUCUGUGGCCGCGAGCUUGUGGGCAGAGUCUGAUUGCACCCAGUGGCUAAACACAAGGUCCCAUGGCUUGGUUCUGUACAUAUCCUUCAGGAGCUCCCACGUCUCGAGGACGGACCUCAUAGAGAUAGCUCAUGGCCUUUCACUCAGUGCCGUCAACUUUUUCUGGGUGCUGCGUCCCGACAUUAUGAGCACAGAGGAAGCAGAUCCAUUACCUGCCGAUAAAGCAGAUCCAUUACCUGCCGGAUACAAAGUCUCUCUCGGUGACAGCUCCAUCAUCGUACCCUGGUGCAGCCAGUUCGAAGUGAUGGCUCACCCGGCGAUCGGGGGAUUCUUAACGCAUUGCAGGUGGAAAUCCAUAGUCGAGAGCAUGUGGAAUGGGGUGCCAUUGAUUUGCUUCCCACUGCCAACCGACCAAUUCACGAACCGAAAACUAGCCGUUGAUGACUAGAAGAUCGGGAUCAACCUGGCAGACCAGAGGAAGAUCACGAGGGAGGAGGUCACGGAGAAGGUGAAUCGUCUGAUGAGUGGAAAUUCAGGCGGUCAACUUAGGGACAACAUCAGAGAGGUUAAGGAGAAACUUGCGGGUGCAUUGAUGCCUGAUAGAUCGUCCUUAAGGAAUAUGGAUCUUACGGAAUAUGGAUCUGACGGCGAAGAUUGAUCAGAAGUGAUCUGGGGCCAUGGUUGAC